AAAUUUGACUUAGAUUUGAGUGUUUCGCACAUUUCCUAUGCCGUCAACGACAUGAUCAAGGAGUGGUUCAAGGAGUACCGCUCUGUGUUACACAAGCGGUAUAAGCGGUGUAUGAGCCACGAGGAGGCCGCACUAUCCGCACCGCCGCACGUGACUGAUGACGACUGGCGGAUACUCUGCGAUAGAUUUUCGUCUGAUUCUGUUCAGGUAAUAUUUACAUAUUUACGAUAUCUUAAGGUAACAAUUAAAUUCACAAUUAAUAACAAUGUAUUAUGAAUAAUGUGUUCAGAAGAGGAGCAAAAUAAAUUCUGACAACAGGGAAAAGUUAGAAGUGAACCACGUAGCUGGUUCAAAGUCAUUUGCAGAAAUUCGUCACAACAUGGUAAGAAAUUACAGGUAAUUAUUAAGUUGAUAUAUUCUUUCCAUGCAUUUAUAUUAACUCUAUUGUCCUUUCGAUUGCGCAACGAGAUUCCGUCACUAGCCAGGAGCCCGAACCAAUAGACCUCUAUAAAGGGACUCACUGUCGACAGGCAACGGGAUCUUGGGUACAUCCUAGAGCUGGCGAGAUUUGGGUAAAAAUCCUUACGUUGUAAAAUUUAAUUGCAUUAAAUUAUAAUAAUGUCAUUUUUUAGUGAAAAUUCAUAUGUUCUCAUUACAAGCGGUGAUGGACACCUUACGCAAUCAGCCCACUCCCGAUGGUACUCAGCAGAGUGAGCUAGAGAUCCUGAGUGAGGUGCUUGGCACCCGUUUUGGAUAUGUGCAUGGGCUUGGCCAUGGUGCCAAGCUCAUGGCACCCGCUAGAGCUGCCUCUACCCGAUCCAUUGUUAUUGGCAAGAGCGCUACCUGCCGAGCUGAUAUCGCAGAGAAAGAGGUUCAACAACUACAGGUCGUCAUCCAUGACAUCAGAGAGCAGCUAGAGAAGAAGAGUGAGCAGCUGGAGAGGCAGAUGGAGGAGCAGGAGAGGAGGAUGGAGGAUCUGACGAGGCAGAGGGAGGAGCAGGAGAGGAGGAGGAUGGAGGAGCAGGCGAGGGGGAGAGAGGAGCAGGAGAGAAGGAUGGAGGAGAUGCGGGUGGAGCAUGAGCGAUGGAUGACGGAGAUGUUUCAGGCUCUCGUUGCACGCUUACCCACUGAUGCUCCACCACCUCCGCCUUCAUCUUUGUGAUUUUUUGUAUUUUAUUUAUGAUGUUAAACUUAUAUGUAUUUAUGUGUGAAUGAAUGUCAUGUUGAUGGAUGUAGUUUAUAUUUGGAUGGAUUUACGUACUUUGGGUUUAAAUGGAUGUGAAUGUGAAUAUGAUGAAAUAUUUAUAUAACAGGUGUAUAUCAGGAAUAUUGUAACAGGUGUAUAUCAGGAAUUUUUUG